AUGGUGUUGUGUAUGCUUGUACUCUUGAAAGAGGUACUGAAUUGUGGUACUGUGAUAAAUUGCAGAGGAAGGGAUCGUGGUUCGAGAGAUGACUAUUCUCCAAGACGUCCCAUCUCAAGGUCACCCGGGAGGUCCAUCUCAAGGUCACCAAGACGUCCUAUCUCAAGGUCACUUGAACGGUCCGUCUCCAAGUCACCAAGGCGUCCCAUCUCCAAGUCGCCAAGAUGUUCCAUCUCCAAGUCGCCAAGACGUCCUAUCUCAAGGUCACCUCCUCCACGGGAUGAGAGGGACUAUGGAUCUGACCGAAGGUCACUUAGCCCUCCACCAGCCAAAGUUCGAAGUCGAUCAAGAUCUCAUGAAGAGGACCACAGGCCAGAUCAGAGGUCACCUAGCCCUGAGUCUAAGGUUCAUAGUCCACCAAGGUCCUCGCGUGAUGCGAGGGACUAUGUAUCGAAUAGAAGGUCACCGAGUCCAGGAGUUAAUGGUCCGAGUCCCUCUAAAUCUCGUUCACCCAGACGCAGUCCAUGA